AUGAGCAGACUCAGUAUAUUCUUGUUAACGUUUUGCAUUGCUGCGGCACAAAGCAAGCGGUCAGAGGGACAUGAAGUGAGGAAAUUUCCGGAAGGUUUCCUUUUUGGGACAGCGACUGCAUCUUAUCAAGUGGAGGGAGCUUGGAAUAUAGAUGGCAAAUCUGAAAAUAUCUGGGAUCAUUUGACUCAUACAAAACCAUGUGAGAUAUUAGAUUGUUCAAAUGGCGACAUUGCCGACGACUCCUACCACUUGUACAAAAGGGACGUUGAAAUGAUGAGAGAACUAGGUCUGGACUACUAUAGAUUUUCCCUUUCUUGGACUAGAAUACUACCCAACAGCUUCCCAGAUGUUAUCAACCAGGCUGGCAUCGACUAUUAUAAUAAUUUGAUCAACGAACUAUUAAAACACAACAUUGAACCUAUGAUUACGCUGUACCAUUGGGAUCUGCCUCAAAAGUUGCAAACAUUAGGAGGAUGGGCGAACCCUCAUAUUGUUAAUUGGUUUGCUGAUUUUGCUAGGGUAGCCUUUGACCAUUUCGGAGAUAGAGUUAAGUAUUGGAUCACAAUAAACGAGCCGUUCCAGAUAUGUAAUGAUGGAUACGGUGAUACCGCCAAGGCGCCGAUGGUAAACAUGAAGGGUGUAGCAGAGUACAUGUGUUCAAAGAAUUUGUUGAUGGCCCAUGCAACAGCCUAUCAUAUUUAUGAUAAAGAAUAUAGAGACAAAUGGAAUGGCAUAGUUUUUAUAGGAUACAGUGCUCAGUGGUAUGAGCCUGAAAGUGAAGAACAUGAACAGGCAGCUAAUGAUGCUAAUGAUUUUAUGUGGGCUCAGUACGUGCAUCCUAUAUUCUCUGAAACCGGAGGCUACCCACAGGUUAUGAAAGAAAGGAUUUCUGCUAAAAGCGCACAGCAGGGCUAUCCUAGGAGCCGGCUCAUUGAUUUUACCCCAGAAGAAAUCGAGUUUGUUAAGGGAAGCGCUGAUGCAUUUGGUCUUAACCAUUACACAACUCGUAUGGUGUAUAGAAAUGAAUCUGCUGAUACAAUGUUUGAUUCACCAUCAUUUUUCGAUGAUAUUAGUGCAGUCCAGUACACUUUACCGGAAUGGCAGAUUGGAGAGUCCCAAAAAGUAUAUUCAGUACCAUGGGGCUUUUAUAAUUUACUGACUGCUAUACGAGAAAAAUAUGGAAAUCCUCCCAUAUAUAUUACGGAGAAUGGUUUCGCUACCCGUCCUGGUCUGAAAGAUGAUCACCGAGUUCUUUAUUACCGGGAAUAUCUGUCAGCUAUGUUAGACGCCAUGGAAGAAGGGUCGGAUGUCAGAGCAUACACUGCCUGGAGUUUACUGGAUAACUUCGAAUGGAAAUAUGGUUAUACGGAGCGUUUUGGUCUGUACGAGGUGGAUUACAAUAGUCCAGAACGCACACGCACGCCAAGAAAAUCUGCGUAUGUUUACAAAGAGAUCCUUCGUACGCGCAGUUUGGACCAUCACUAUGAACCGGACAUGUCGGCCCCACUUACUAUUGACGAAGGUCAUUAA